AUGUUCCUGCAGGUAUUUGGGACUCACGCAGGAGAAAACACAGGAGAUGAGUGCGGGCCAUCUUAUGGACAAUCCAUUCCAACCGCAUCCAGACCAUCUUCUACAACAGAUCUGAACGUUGCUCUCAAUGAAUGUAUGGUAGCCGUGAAUUUAUUUCUGAAUAACAAGUUCCAAGAUGCCCUUGCUUUUCUACAAACUAAAAGAAAGGAUAGCAUGUAUCAUGCUCUGACCUAUGCUACCAUUUUGGAAAUUCAGGCCAUGAUGACUUUUGACUCCAAGGACAUAUUGAAUGCUGGAAAUACAAUGGAAGAAGCUCAAGUUAUAUGUCAGAAGUUUCGGAAAAAGUCUUCUGUAGCAGACUCUUUCAACAAUUUAGUGUACAAACAGAAUCUUGAACAAUUACCUGAAGAAGAAAUCCAUGCAGAAAUUUGUUAUGCUGAAUGCUUGCUUCAGAGAGCAGCUCUUACAUUCUUCCAGGAUGAAAGCAUAAUUAGCUUUGUGAAAGGCAGCAUCAAAAUAAGAAAUAGUUAUCAAAUAUACAGGGUACUGGAGAAUCUAUUACAGUCUCCCAGUUAUGUUAAAGGAGAAAAUCAUCCCCAUUUUGAAGUUGGUGUGAAGUUGGGAGUUGGAGCAUUUAAUCUGACUCUGUCAAUGUUACCAACAAGGAUUGCACGAUUACUAGAAUUUGUUGGGUUUUCUGGAAAUAAGAAAUAUGGCUUGCAGCAACUUCAAGAAGGAGCAUCAAUGUGUGGCUUUAGGUCUGUGCUGUGUACUCUGCUACUGUUGUGCUAUCAUACUUUCCUGACCUUUGUGUUAGGGAUAGGUAAAGGAAAUGUUGAAGAAGCAGAGAAACUUCUCAAACCUUACCUGAUUCGAUAUCCAAAAGGUGCCAUAUUCCUGUUUUUUGCAGGGAGAAUAGAAACAAUAAGAGGCAAUAUUGAUGAAGCUAUCAGAAGGUUUGAGGAAUGUUGUGAAGCCCAGCAGCUUUGGAAGCAGUUCCAUCACAUGUGCUACUGGGAACUGAUGUGGUGCUUCACAUAUAAACGACAGUGGAAGAUGGCAUAUUUCUAUGCAGAUCUGCUUAGCAAAGAGAAUACCUGGUCAAAGGCUACUUAUGUGUUUAUGAAAGCUGGCUACCUCAACAUGUUUGGGGCAAAAGAUUUUAAACCUUUUGGAGAUGAUGAAGUUGAGCUAUUUAGGGCUGUGCCUAGUUUAAAACUGAAAAUAGCAGGGAAAUCCUUGCCUACGGAAAAGUUUGCAAUUAGGAAAUCCCGGAGAUACCUUUCCCCAAAUCCUAUUCCACUUCCUGUGCCUGUUUUGGAAAUGAUGUAUAUCUGGAAUGGUUAUGCAGUGAUUGGGAAGUGCCCAGAUUUAACUGAAAACAUAUUGGAGUCCUUAGCAGAUGCAGAAACAAUCCUGGAGAAAAGCCCAGCUACAGAUUUUCUUGUUGAUGACCACUGCAUGAUAAAGCUUCUGAAAGGGCUAUGCUUAAAACAUCUGGGCAAGAUUUCGGAAGCAGAAGAUCACUUUACUUAUAUUCACUUCAAUGAAAAGAAGAUCAAGUAUGAUCAUUACUUAAUUCCAAAUGCGCUGCUCGAACUUGCUUUAUUAUAUCUGGAUCAAGAUAAAAUAGAAGAAGCAAUUAAGAUCCUAGAAAGAGCAAAACAAAAUUAUAAGAAUUACUCCAUGGAAACAAGGACACACUUCAGAAUUCAAGCUGCUUUGCAUCAAGCCAGAUCUCUCCCAGAUGAUGAUGAUGAUUCUAUAGCAACUGUGGUUUUGUAAUGUUACUGUUUUUUUUUAAAUCAGCAGUUCAUUUGGUGUACAAAACUUCACAGAUGGAUAUUAUUGGCAAUAUUUUAAAAUGAUUUCUGUGUCCACAUGCAGCACAAAUGUUUUUAAUUUUAAAAAUUCUGAGGAAUCAACACUAAAAAACAGUAUUUUUUCAUUAUCUCUGUGUG